GCGGGGGCGGGGCCGGACCCUGGCCAGUAGAGGCCACGCCCCCCAGCCCGGAAGUGUCGCGUCAGGACCCCCAGCGUCCGAACUAGCGUCAGCGACAUGGAGUCACCGGUGCUGAGGAGCCCGGAAGAGAUAGCAGCGCUGUACCGCGAGCUCAGCCAGUGCCCCUCGCUUUGCAGUGCCUGCAUCGGGCCCGAGGUCACCACUCAGUACGGGGGCAAAUACUGCAAUGUCUAUACAGAGUGGUCUCAGCAGGACCUGGAGAGAGCUGAGAGCGUGAAGUUCUGCCGCCAAUACCUCAUCUUCCAUGACAGCCAGGCCAUCGUGUACUCUGGCCCCUCGGGCACCUGCAGUGAGAUCAAGGGAGAGCUGCUGAGCAGAGAGUCUCCCAGUGGGGCACUUAAAGCCGUUUUGCGGAAAGCCAGCCCUGGCAAAGGCGAGGAGAAGCAGUUCCUUGAGAUCUGGGAUCAGAAUCGCAAGGUGAAGAGCAUUAACCUGACAGUGCUGGAGAAGCAUGGCAAUGUCUAUGAGGAUGAUCAGUUUGGCUGCUUGUCCUGGUCGCACUCGGAGACUCACCUGCUUUACGUGGCCGAGAGGAAACGGCCCAAGGCCGAGUCCUUCUUCCAGAGCAGAGACCUGGAGCUGAGCAGCGGCUGUGCUGAUGAGAGACGCGACAAGGCUGUCAAGGGGGAGCAGUUUGUGUACCAUGACGACUGGGGCGAGGCGCUGGUGGGCAAGAGCAUCCCGGCUCUAUGUGUGCUGGACAUGGAGAGUGGCAAUGUCUCGGUGCUGGAGGGUGUCCCGGAGCACAUUUCCCCUGGGCAGGCUUUCUGGUCCCCUGGUGACACGGGUGUGGUGUUCAUAGGCUGGUGGCAUGAGCCCUUCCGCCUGGGCCUGCGGCACUGCACUAACCGCAGGUCAGCGCUGUUCUAUGUGGACUUGACGGGAGCAAGGUGUGAGCUGCUGUCAGAUGACUCCAAAGCCGUGUGGUCCCCACGCCUGAGCCCUGACCAGUGCCGCAUCGUGUACCUGGAGAGCGGCGUACUCGGGCCCCACCACCAGUGCAGCCGCCUCCGCAUGUAUGACUGGUACACGAAGGUCACCUCCACCGUGCUGGAUGUCGUGCCCCGGCACAGCCAGGGAACGUUCACAGGGAUCUAUUGCCCGGCACUGCCAGGCCUGUGCUGGGCAGCCGAUAGCCAGAGGGUCGUCCUGGACACCGCUCAGCGCAGCCGACAGGAGUUGCUUGUGGUGGAGAUGCUGGGUGGCAACGUGACCUCUCUAACGAUGGGUGCCCCCCUGGGCAGCUGGUCUCUCCUCACCAUUGACCGGGAUCUCCUGGUGGCCAGGUUCUCAACCCCCAGCUGCCCCCCCACAUUGAAGGUGGCCUUCCUCCCCAGGGCUGGGCAGGAGGCCCAGGUGCACUGGGUGUGUCUGGAGGAUGUGACCCCCAUCCCGGAGAUCAGCUGGGCGAUCCGGCUCCUGCAGCCGCCCCCCGACCAGGAGAACCCGAAGUACAAGGGUAUCGAUUUCGAAGCCAUCCUGCUACAGCCCAGCAAGGGGCUAGGGCCGAGGAAGCUGCCCCUAGUGGUCAUGCCCCAUGGAGGCCCACACUCCGUCUUCACGGCCAGCUGGAUGCUGUACCCUGCAGCGCUCUGCAGAAUCGGCUUCGCCGUGCUCCUGGUGAAUUACCGCGGUUCGCUGGGCUUUGGCCAGGAUAGCAUCGCCUCCCUACCCGGCCACGUAGGCUGCCAGGAUGUCAAAGACGUGCAGUACUGUGUGGAGCAGAUGCUGCAGGAGGAGUCCCUAGACUCAGCGCGGGUGGCACUAGUGGGUGGCUCACAUGGGGGCUUCCUUGCUUGCCACCUCAUCGGCCAGUACCCGGACACUUACCAGGCCUGUGUGGCAAGGAACCCUGUCGUCAACAUGGCCUCCAUGAUCAGCGGCACCGACAUCCCGGACUGGUGUCUGACUGAGGCUGGCUUCCCCUAUGCACCCAACACCCUCCCAGAUGCUUCCCACUGGGCAGAGAUGCUCCAUAAGUCACCCAUGCAGUACGUCGCCCAGAUAAUUUAGAAAUCAUCUGAUAGGAGCACUGUAACUAAUUCCUAUAUCAAGAAAGAAAAUUAGAAAAUAUUAGACCCACUCAGCUUUAAUACUAACGUUCUGACAUCUUGUGGCAAGUCACUUAAGGGACCGUGGGUAGGUUUAUAUAAUUGUAUAUAUAUUGUAAUGUAUAUUCUUACUCAGAUACUCUUGCUAACGUCAGAAGGGACAAUCGUGGUCAUCUAGUCUGACCUCUUGCACAUUGCAGGCCAUAGAACCUCACCCACUCCUAUAAUAGGCUCAUAACCACUAACUGAGAUACUGAAAUCCUCAAAUCAUGAUUUAAAGACUUCAAGCUAUAGAGAAUC